AUGUCUGCCAAGAUCACGACAGCAUUCGGCUAUGCUGUUCUCCCAGCACCUCACCAUGAAGUUACCGUCCAUAUGCCUGAAUGCUACUUCUUGUUCAGAUCUUCAGUGUCAGCAGCAGAACGUAUACGCUACGCAACAUCGACAAACCAAGAUGAUGGUGUGGGAAAGGAUCGUGUCCAACCGACCUCAAUCCAGAUUCGCGCAUUCCAAGCUAAGGAUCGCUUUGGGCCAGUGAUAUCUGCGGCAAAGAUCUGCCUGUCGUACAAGGAUUUUAAAGAGAACAAGGCAAACCCUGACACAAUCAGCUCAUCUUUCCAGCCAUGA